GUAUUUAUUUUACUCCUCUGAUCCUCACUCCUCUUUUAAUUGUCGACCAUGGCCGACGAUGACGUCCUGUUUGAAGAUGUGUAUGAGCUGUGUGAAGUGAUCGGAAAGGGACCAUUCAGUGUUGUGCGACGAUGUAUCAACAGAGAAACUGGACAGCAGUUUGCUGUGAAGAUUGUAGAUGUGGCCAAAUUCACCUCCAGUCCUGGCCUGAGCACAGAAGAUUUGAAGAGGGAAGCAAGCAUCUGUCAUAUGCUGAAACAUCCACACAUUGUGGAACUACUGGAAACAUACAGCUCUGAUGGCAUGCUAUAUAUGGUCUUUGAAUUCAUGGAUGGUGCAGACCUCUGUUUUGAAAUUGUGAAACGGGCAGAUGCAGGUUUUGUUUACAGUGAAGCUGUAGCCAGUCACUACAUGCGACAGAUACUAGAAGCACUGCGCUAUUGUCAUGACAAUAAUAUCAUUCAUCGAGAUGUGAAGCCACAUUGCGUGUUACUUGCCUCAAAGGAGAAUUCAGCCCCUGUGAAACUUGGUGGGUUUGGAGUGGCCAUUCAGCUUGGAGAGUCUGGUCUUGUUGCUGGAGGUCGUGUAGGAACACCACAUUUUAUGGCACCAGAAGUUGUCAAAAGAGAGCCAUAUGGAAAACCAGUAGAUGUUUGGGGUUGCGGAGUGAUACUUUUUAUUCUGCUCAGUGGUUGUUUGCCAUUUUACGGAACAAAGGAAAGAUUAUUUGAUGGCAUCAUUAAAGGGAAAUACAAGAUGAAUCCGAGGCAAUGGAUCCAUAUCUCAGAGAGUGCCAAAGACCUGGUGCGUCGUAUGCUUAUGUUGGACCCUGCAGAAAGGAUAACUGUUUAUGAGGCACUCAACCACCCUUGGCUGAAGGAGCGCGAUCGCUAUGCAUACAAGAUUCAUCUCCCGGAAACUGUGGAACAGCUGAGAAAAUUUAAUGCAAGAAGGAAGUUGAAGGGGGCCGUAUUAGCAGCUGUGUCCAGCCACAAAUUCAACUCUUUCUAUGGGGACCCUCCUGAGGAUCUGCCCGAUUUCUCUGAAGACCCCACUUCCUCAGGGGCUGUUUCACAGGUACUGGACAGUUUGGAAGAAAUCCAUGCACUAACAGAUUGCAGUGAAAAGGAUCUGGAUUUUUUGCACAGCGUUUUCCAAGAUCAGCAUCUUCAUACACUACUUGAUUUAUAUGACAAGAUCAACACAAAGUCAUCGCCACAGAUUAGAAAUCCACCAAGUGAUGCUGUACAGAGGGCUAAAGAGGUACUGGAAGAGAUUUCAUGUUAUCCAGAAAACAAUGAUGCAAAGGAACUGAAGUGCAUCCUAACACAGCCUCAUUUUAUGGCCUUACUGCAGACCCAUGACGUUGUGGCACAUGAGGUUUACAGUGAUGAAGCACUGAGAGUUACACCUCCACCAACCUCUCCUUAUCUAAACGGCGAUUCACCAGAAAGCGCAAACGGAGACAUGGAUAUGGAAAAUGUAACACGGGUUCGACUGGUGCAGUUCCAAAAAAACACAGAUGAACCUAUGGGAAUCACUUUAAAAAUGAAUGAGUUGAACCACUGUAUUGUUGCAAGGAUAAUGCAUGGUGGAAUGAUUCAUAGACAAGGAACACUCCAUGUUGGCGAUGAAAUCAGAGAAAUAAAUGGCAUCAGCGUAGCCAACCAGACAGUGGAGCAGCUUCAAAAGAUGCUUAGGGAAAUGCGAGGAAGCAUCACCUUCAAGAUUGUGCCAAGUUAUCGCACUCAGUCUUCUUCCUGUGAGAGAGAUUCCCCUUCCACAUCCAGACAGUCCCCUGCUAACGGCCAUAGCAGCACUAAUAAUUCUGUUUCGGACUUGCCAUCAACUACUCAACCAAAAGGACGACAGAUUUACGUUCGAGCCCAAUUUGAAUAUGACCCAUCAAAGGAUGACCUUAUACCUUGCAAAGAGGCUGGGAUCCGAUUCCGGGUUGGAGAGAUCAUACAGAUCAUUAGCAAAGAUGAUCAUAACUGGUGGCAGGGCAAGCUGGAAAACUCUAAAAAUGGUACAGCAGGACUCAUCCCCUCUCCAGAACUCCAGGAAUGGCGUGUGGCAUGUAUAGCAAUGGAAAAGACCAAACAGGAGCAGCAGGCCAGCUGUACCUGGUUUGGAAAGAAGAAGAAACAGUACAAGGAUAAAUACCUGGCCAAGCACAACGCAGUCUUUGAUCAACUAGAUCUCGUCACAUAUGAAGAAGUAGUAAAACUGCCGGCCUUUAGAAGGAAGACACUAGUGUUACUAGGUGCCCAUGGGGUUGGGCGAAGACACAUUAAAAACACACUGAUCACAAAACAUCCAGACAGAUUUGCAUAUCCUAUUCCACACACUACCCGACCUGCUAGAAAAGACGAAGAAAAUGGCAAAAAUUACCAUUUUGUUUCACAUGACCAAAUGAUGCAGGAUAUUUCGAAUAAUGACUAUUUGGAGUAUGGCAGCCACGAGGAUGCAAUGUAUGGGACAAAACUGGAAACGAUACGCAAGAUCCACGAACAAGGACUGAUUGCAAUACUAGAUGUUGAGCCCCAGGCCUUGAAGGUUUUGCGGACCUCAGAGUUUGCCCCGUUUGUCGUUUUCAUUGCUGCUCCUACUAUUACACCAGGCAUGAAUGAGGAUGAAUCUCUUCAACGCCUGCAGAAGGAAUCAGAAAUCCUACAGAAAACAUAUGCACACUACUUUGAUCUAACCAUAAUCAACAAUGAAAUAGAUGAGACCAUCAGGCAUCUGGAAGAAGCCAUUGAACUUGUGUGUACUACACCGCAGUGGGUCCCUGUCUCCUGGGUAUAUUAAGGACUGGGCAGAGAAACCAUGAACUUUAUCAUUCCCUAGCAUCACCCUGACAUUAGACUUUGUAAAUGACCUAGCAUCAAGUCUUGCCCCUUAUAUACUGCCUAGGAUUAGUGUGCCCUAAAUUUUUUGAUUUAUUGUCAUGUCCUACUAGAUGGAUGGAGAGAAAACUUUUACCAAACUCUUAAAGAGACAGUGUCCCUUUUUAAAGUUGGGUUUGGGCUGUACUUCAGACUUAUCAAAAAUCUGAUCUAAAAAAUGCCUUCUAACCUAUGCAUGUACACUAUACAAAGUCCAAAACGACUCUGAAAAUGUGCAUGAACACUUCUUUUUACUAUGAGACUUAUUUUAAAUAAACCAAAAGAAAGCUUACACAUUUUAUAGACACUCAUUUCUUUAAAUAAAUAUUUUUCAAAUGACGUGCAUCCUUUUAAUUUACCAGUGUAAAUGGCGUGCUCUUACUAGUACACAGGCUAUUUGCAAAUGUUUCAGUUUAAUUUUAAUUUGGACAUUAAUUUAUUUUAAAUGCAGAAUCUACAUCAUUUGCAGUCCUUAAAAGUCCCUGAUGGAAACCUUAACCAAUAUUUUGGGCAUGGAACGUUGAAAGCCUUCAGCCAUGUUUUGGAGGGUGGUUGUGUUAAUAAAAGCAUUGGGUAGUUCUGAUUUUUUUAAAAGGAAACCCACCUACCUAGGUUAAAAGGGAUACUGUCACUUAAAAUUUAAAAAUGUACAAACAUUUUAGAGGUUUGAAUCGGGUGUUACUGCAUGUGGACAGUUACAAGCAUUCAUGCUGUUGGUGUAUCUGUGUUGGAAACUGUAUUCUACAGCAACUUACAUUCCAUUUGUUGGAAAAAAUUACCCAAGGGAAUAAUUAUUCAAAAAAACAACUGUAAACCUAUGCACAUCCCUUGCAUUGUGGGCAAGUUUAUAAACAACUGAUUUUUAAUCAUGUAGUGAAAUGUGUUUGUACUUUGUUGCAAUUUAAUUUGUUCUAAGGGGAAGAAUUACCAGUUUUGCCAUUUCAGAUAUGUGUCGUCUUUGAAUAUAAAUAUUUUAAUUACGUUGAAUCUGGAAAAAUUGUUUAAUUUUUAUCAUGAAAGUAAAUGUAUUUACAAAAUGCACACAUUUUACUAUAGAAAUACUGGGCAAAGAAGAAAAGGUUUGUUGUCGGGUACAAGCAGUUCAGCUCACAACACUACUUCAUUCUAACUGGCCUGUAAAUGCCUCCGAAGAUGACGACAAACACAGAAACUACAGUCUGGACAAUUUUUUAAAAUAUACUUCCUUUUAUGUGGUCAAUUUUUCUGAGUUUUGUUUAUUCCCUUGUCACCUUUCUACAACGUAUUGAAUUGAUGUAAUAUAACCAUGUAAAACUGAAUGGGCUACAGUUAUUGACCUUCAGUACAGCUGCCUGCCUAUGACAACCUUGUGUUUGAUCAUAAAGCUGUACGUUCUACACUUAUGUAAGUGGUCAAUGGCAGGACCAGCAAAUGGUGCUGAACAUCACAAACUGAACAGUACGACUGGUCAUGUAAUAUACAAAUGAAAAUACUGUGGAAAAUGUAAAAGAAAACAAAGCACAACUUCACAACUGAAACCUAUUGAGCAUUUUCAUAUUUUCAGAAAACUCAGUUCAGAUAGAGAAAAAUGGUAUUUUUAAACCUGUUCCCAUCAGGAUUUUAGAGCACAGAUGAAUGCAUUGUUUGCCUUAAGACAUUUUGUAACCUAAUUCCUACUUUCUUUGAUGUAAUAUUACCAUUCCUAACAGUAUUGAAAGGAGAUUUACAUAUCUGUUACACAUUUCAGAAAGUGCAUAUUGUUGCAUUAUUGAAUAAUAAUAUUGCCAUGGAUGCUUUGGUGAAACACAAUUGGCUAUGGAAAUGUAUUAAAGGACAAAUGGUACAGUCAAGAAUUUUGAAGAAUAUGUAGAUCAAUUAUAAUAGCAACAUUUAUUGUUUAAUUCAUGAAUUCUUUAUUAAUGUUUUUCUGCAAUUUUCACACCAAAAAAAUGACUCCAGUUUACCAUUUAGUGCCCUCUGUUAUAAACAUAUCAGUUCAGUUAUAGGUAAAAUUAAGUCAUUAAUUAUAGCCUUCCAGAACAUAGCAAAUACAAUACUCAAAACUAGAAAUAAUCAAACUAUGAUCAAUGUACAGUAGAUGAUGGAAUAAAAAAUUGUUGCCCUUGC